AGUAUUAGGUUCCCCCUCGUUUCCUCUUCUGCUCUGUCGCAGUUUCAGCUGUGUCUCUGGCUCUUUCUCUCCCCUGCUGUCGCUCCCGUAGGUGGCAGGAUUGCUGGGUAGGAGGUGGGGGGGAGCCUUGGCAGCUUUCUCCCUACAGGCCGCUUCCUCCCCCUUUUGCCCGUCUGUCCGGGCAUGGAUGCCAUUCGCUGGCAGGGUCUGUGUGCCAUUUGAUCGCGUGAGGGUGUUAGCUGUGCUGCUGCACUGUCACAGGUCUCCAGGAGCCAGAGGUUUGCCAUUUCUGCAAAGAUUCUCCCCACUUUUUGGUUCGUUGAAGCCGGCGUACGCUUCACUCUCUGCCAUUGGCCUCCCUGAGUAUCGGAGUCGACAGCGAGUUUCUCUGUUGCGCCUAUUCUUGGUGACCUCCAGUGACAUGAUGCCCAAGAGGGAUCAUGAGAAGGACCUGGAGCUGGACAAGAAGAUUGAGGCUCUCCGCAGGAAGAAUGAAGCUCUUAUGAAGAGGUACAAGGAGGUAGAGGAGGACAGAAAAAGAGCAGAAGAGGAAGGAAUGGCACUGCAGAGCCGGAAGGGCAAAGCCGACGAUCUUACCAUCACAAUCAGCAAGUCCACUAGUGAUAGUCGUGUGGUGGUGACAAAGCCAUUCAGUGGCGGUUCACCAGCUGGGAAGGGACAGCAGGAAGCCGGACCUGACAGAGGGGGGGAGACUCCUCCACAGACUGCUGGCCGAGGACACAGGAAGCAACUAACAGUCACCAUGGCUGGCAAAAAGGGUAAGAGGGUGGUGAGUGAGAGGCCUGAGAAGAGGCCGGGCCCUGUGGACGUCAAGAGCCCCGCCGAUGAUGGACAGGCGAGGCGUGUGGAGUCAGCGGGGAGGGCGAAGCAGCCAUCUCACAUGACCAAAAGAGACUCAGCACCACAGGACGAGGUCAAACAGGGGCAGAAGCACACUGAGGAGCAUCACGGGGUGCCAGAGCAAUGCCAGGAUAUCGAGAACCUGCAGGCCAUCACAGACCUCAACGUCCCCACAUCGAGAGAGGAGCAGGAGGAAUAUUUAAGGUGGAAGAAGGAGCGUGAGCAGAUUGACAGGGAGAGGGUGGCGCGCCAUAAAAAUGCCAAGGGCCAGUGGAGACGAGCGUGGGACAUGGAUAAAACUGACAAUAUGUUUUCAGACAAAUCCCUCUCUGACAGAGACUGGGGGCCUUCCAGCAGAGGAGGAAGAAAUGCUAGAAGAGGACCCAGGGCAGGCAGCGAUUCAAAAGCUCAUGACAAGCGAGGCAAAGACAAGGGAGCUAAAAACGUGCAAGUGAUGAGCAGUAAAGCAAAAGGCAAAGAUCGCCUGACUGGGCGGGCCAGAAGAUGGCAGGCAAAUGAUGAUGGAGAGAACCUGCAGAUGCCUGAGACGACGCUGGAGGAAUUCCUUGAGGAACUUGACGCCCUCACAGACGCUAAUGCAGACGAGCUGAAAGAUCAGGACGCAAAAACAAAGCAGUCACCGAGCCCGGAUUCACUGAGCACGCCCGAGGAAGCGAGUGAAUCAGCAGCUUCUGUGUCGGCUGCUAUCCUUAGAGAGGACACCCCGACUCAGGAGAAGGCAGAGGCUUCGUCCUCUCGGGGUUUGGAGAAGAAAGUGCGCUUCUCUGAGGAACUCAUCCAGGGGGCUCAUGCAAGGCAAACCACGGGGUCUCAAGAGUCAGAAUCCAGAGGUCCCAGCUCUUUGAAAGCUUCCUCACCUAAAAAGAACAAGCAUGAAAUGCAGAGGCCACAUCAGCCUCUUGAAAGUGCCAAGCAGGAUGAUGGGAGUCUUCAGGAUAAAGGAGGUGGGCCAGCUGCACCUUCUUUUGCACAGCAGCAGGGAUCUGAAACUGAUUGCACUAAAAAGGACAGCAGCCCACCCACAGCUCCCAGCUCCCCCCCUGCUGAAAAAGCCUGCACCCCUCUACAUGAGAUCCAGCCUGUGGAGCUUCCCAAGUGCAACAUCAGCAACACAAGCACGGAAGAGCUGAUAGACUCUGGUCUGUCUGUUCUGAGCCUGGAGUCUGGAGAAACACACCCAACACACUCCGCCAGCAGUGACAAGGCACGAGAACAUGGGAAAAUUGUUUAACUGACGUUUUCUGGAUAUAAACACUGAAACCAAAACACAGCAUUUGGAUGCAUUAUUUUUGCUUCAAAGUAGCUCAUUUGCAAUACUGUUUAUAGCUUACAGGCAAAACUGUGGUUUAAUUUUGUGGGAGCUGAAUUUUUGUCUCAAAUGUGACACAUGAAUGGUGAGACGCCUUUUUCCCGCUCAAUUAUUAGUAUUAUUAUUUUUUUAACAUCCGAGCACUUUAUGUGUACAAAAACAUGUGUACUGACAUCUCUUUCUGUAUGGAAGUACGCUGCUUGAGUGCAAUAUCACUGAAUGUUUACACAUUUGUAUGAAAAUGUUGAGGUACAUAUCAGGAGGCUAGCUAAUCGGUUAAAUUUAGAUAGCCCUUGACAUUAAACCAAGCCACAGUCUAAUUACUUAGUGCCUGAUUCUGCCUUAGAGGUAUAUUUUUUUAAUUUAUUUAGCUUAUUUAGCAGGGACGAUGCACAAUAAAUAUAUUGUACCGGAUAUAGCUAAAAGCUACUUUUCAGCUGUAGUCCCUGAGUAACUUUUCAGUAACUGAAUAAAGAUUGUAAUAUAUGACGAUACAUAGUUGCAGACCUCCAGUAGAGUUUUUAUUUCUACAUUUAAAAGUAGUAGACAAAUAGAUAUUAUUUAUUAACUGCUUCCAGCAUCCAUAAAUAGCCUUUGGGAAGUAUGAAAUCGGUAUAUUGUUAAAACGCACAUUUGAACCCUAAUGUCUUUGGCCAGUGACCAAGACAGUCUAAAGUUUACAAAAUGUUACUACUGACAUGCUGUAAAUGUUUCUGCUAUUAAGAGCAUUGAAAGGAGCACGCCACUGAUUUUUGAUAUCAAGACAGGAGCCUGAUGAUGUCAUACUCUAGUUAAGAUUAUCUGAAUUUGGAGAUGACAGCUUUGCAGUCAUGAAACCUCACAACUCUGCCCAUAAGUGGCAGAAAUCUACUUGAUUUAAAUUUGGCCUUUUUACUUAUCGAGGUCGUCUCCUUGUGCAGCUCUGAGCCACAUCCGCUCUGCCUGCUGUUUUUACAUUGCUUUGUGGUCUGACUACUUUUCACCGGGGAAAAUAGAGGAAGUAUACAUUUGUCUCACAGUGUGGGGGGAUCAGCACUGGGGAACUGGAUCUAUGUCCCAGAGAGCAAAGGGCAGCCUGAAAAAGAAAAAAUUACUCUGUCAGAGCCUUAAGGCAGGACAUCCAGAACAUGCUCGUUUCUUCUUUCUUUCACAGUCAUGAGCGUUGUGCACCAUGAAUAUGUCCCCCACACUCAGACGAUUGGCACAGAGUUCUACUGUAACAUCCUGAGGCGUCAGAAGUAAAACAUUCAGUCCAAACCACUGGAACUUGGAUCAGAUGGCGCCCUGAAAAUGGCUUUCUCUUUCUAAAUGCCUUAACUCAAUUAAAAAAGAAAAAUGGAAAAAAAAGCAGCCACGCUGGAGUAGCUUGCAGCGCUGCCUAAGGAGGCCAUCUAGAAGAGCCAAUUUCCCCGUUCUGUUUAAUGCAGAACUAGCUUUAGAAAGAAAUAAAUGUGAUCCAGUUGUAAGACAACAUAACUCACUAGUGUACUCCUUUAUUGUUAAAAUAAAAAGCCAGCUGACGGCAAAGCAUAACACAUUUGAAAACAUUUGGAUGUUUAAAUAUUGAUUUAUAACACUGCAGAGUAGAAACCUUGCACACUAUUGUUGUGUUCCCUAAAGCACAGUUUUACAGCUGAAUCCCGAUGAUCCGGUCUUCCUCACACUCUUCUUAUGUUAUGUUUUGGUUUCCAGGCACUUAAUUUAGGAUUGUAAUGUACUAUGUUAGCUGAUUCUAGACAAACAAUGUACAAAUUCUGGUCUUUGUGCACUCCUGUGAGUGGGGAAAAAAUAUCAUUCAAGCAUUUUUUGAGUUGGGUGAAUUGAGAAUGCCGGGAUUCAGCUAAAAUUCCCUUUUGUAUUAUUUGUUCUGCAUUAUGUUUGUGAAAGAGAGCCUAAUAUCUUUCAAGCGUCCCUUGAUUAAUAUCUUAGCCAGUUGUUGUGCCUUGCAUAUUGUCUUCUUCAGCUAUUGAAGGUGUACUUUAAUUUAUGGUUUGUAUAUUAACUGCCUCAUUUAUUUUAUUUAUUUGCCUAUCCAUUUUGGACAGGAGAAUGUUACCAAGUAAAUCUCAAGCUGUG